UGUGUGUUGGGCGGGAUGUGCCCCCUCAGCCCUACCCUAUUCUGCUUAGAGGCCAGGACACUUGGAGGAGUGCCCAGGGCCUCAGAGCCUAUCCUCCCUUUCCUGCUCUCCAGACAGGAUGUGUCACCCACCACCUUAGCCCCAAUCCCACCCACACGCCCUCUCCCGGCCCAUGUCCACCUGUGUCCUCUGGGACGGGGCAGAGCUGUGGCCACCUCGGUAUUUCCUCCUGGGCGGCCAGGGUUCCUGCUGGCCUUCAUCUCCUGCCCCGUCAGCCAUUAAAGGUUUCACCUCUGCUGCUGCCGUCACCAUGGGCUUCAGGCAGAUGAAGCGAGCUCCUUCCUGUCAGGCCAGCCUGCUCGGGAGCUCCGGAAGUGUGAGCACCGGUGGUCCCAGCUCCUGACGCCCACCUGUACCUCCCCGGAGGGACCUCCUCUCUCCCGAGUUCCAGUUGCAAAAAUCCCCGGGACGCCGUCCGAUCACCCGCUUAGGUCGCGGCCGGGGGAUGGGCUGCUCUGAAAGACUCGCUGAGCCGGGCGCCCAGCCCCGACCGUCCCUGCGGCGCCUGGAGGAUGUCGGGCCCUGCCGCGCCGUCUACAUCUUCGCCAAGAAGAACGGCAUCCCCUUUGAGAUGCGCACCGUGGAGCUGCUCAAAGGACAGCACCUGAGCCAGAAGUUCCUCCAGGUUAACAGCCUGCAGAGGCUGCCCACCCUCCAGGACGGGGACUUCGUCUUGACCGAAAGCGUGGCCAUUCUGAUUUUCUUGAGCGCUAAGUACCGGACAGCGGACCACUGGUACCCAGCCGACCUGCAGGCCCGCGCCCACAUCCAUGAGUACCUGGGCUGGCAUGCCGACUGCAUCCGUGGCACCUUUGGUGUGCCCCUGUGGACCCAGGUGAUUAUGCCGCUCACUGGGACCCAGGUGCCAGAGGAGAAGGUGAGGCGCAACAGGACCGCCAUGGACCAGGCCCUGCAGCAGCUGGAGGACAAAUUCCUGGGGAACAGGGCCUUCCUCACCAGCCAGCAGGUGACGCUGGCUGACCUCAUGGCACUGGAGGAGCUGGUGCAGCCCGUGGCUGUUGGCUGUGACGUAUUUGAGGGACGGCCGCGACUGGCAGCAUGGCGUGAGCGAGUCGAAACUUUCCUGGGUGCUGGGUUGUGCCAGGAGGCCCACGGCCCCAUCUUGAACAUCCUGGAACGGGCAGCCAGCAAAACAUUCCUGGUGACCCUCCCAGAAGCCUAUCCGUUUGUGCUGCGUCGUAUUUCCAGGAUCCCCUGAGGAGUCUUGGAUGGGGGCUGAUGGUUGGAUGCCAGGAGGUUAGCAAUAAAGAUUCCCAGCGUUUCUUACC